AUGAAAGAGGACAAGUACUUGCUGGUGGAGCGGGCGACGAAUUUGGCCGCGGCUGCCGAGCUGAACUGCUUAGGGCUGUUGGGUGUAGGCCCAGAGCAGCUGGCGACCUUGAAGCAGUGGGCCUCAGGACAGGAGGUCUCAUUGCGUUUCAAGUCGAAAGAGUCCUGUAGCUAUCUUCGCGAAGAGACCCGGGAAGAAGAGGAUCCGAGGAAGCAUGUCGAGGAAGUGUCUGUGGGUGGAGUCUUGCGAAGUGCCAUUACAAGUAAGGUGGUCACUAAGAUCACCGAGUACUUCUGGAACUUUGAGACCAACUGUGUUCUAGAAGCGUUUCGAGGGGUCGGCGCAGACGCCUCGGACCGCAUGGUGCUUUGGAGCCGCCAGGGCCAGGUGGAACUCAAGACCAGCGCCAAGACGCCGGCGCCGCAUCCAGAGGUUCGCUCGCCUGCAGUGAACAAAGAGGUGAACAUUAGCUGGCUUCUGCGAAUUCUCUCUGACCCGGCAGUGCCGGGCUUUUCAAUCGAUCGCACCAUCAAGAGCUGCAAGACACCGCGCCGAAACCAGGACUUCGACAAGGCCUACCAAUACUUCAUGGCUUUGUCAAAUUGGACCAUGUAUGUGGCAGACUACAUCAAUCACCUGCGAACGGUCCAGCCUCGCAAGAUGGAUGAUAGUGCACUAUCUUUGGACCAUGUUUUCAUCCCAGUGGUGCCCAUUAUGUUCAAAGAAGGCAUUGGCGAAGUGGACCAUUCAAUAGACACGUUGAUGUCUGCUCUGCCCAAGGGUGAUGCUGAAGCCCCGCCGUCCUUGGUGAUGUCAGCCUCCGCUGGAAAUCUCCUGCUGGUGGAACAGCUGAGAAGCUUGAAGGAGCAGCACGAGAAUGUUCGGAACUCGUUUCCUGGAGACACUGGAAUCCUCACUGCAGUGGAAGGGUGCAUAUCAUUGACCCUGAUGCACAUGAACACACUGGCACAUCAGUGGGUGCAAGCCGUCGACUAUGUGGAAUCUAUGCUCCGAAAGCAAUUGGUGGCCGCCAUCGGAAAGGAAGUGUCCCCGUCCGAAUUUGGGUCUUACAUGCGCUUCCACUACCGAAAGCUCUUCCUCGAUGCCUACCAGCCCAGCCAAUUCUGCUUCGCCGUCCGCCGCUCCGAGCAGCAUGGGCCAGAGGGAACCGUGAGCAUCGAGGAGGAGACCUUUGGCGACGCUGGGAGUCUCAUGCAUACUCCGAUCGUCACGUUGGAAAACCACGGGAGCACGCCCACAGCAAUGUCCUUCCCAUUGAGUGCUUCGACGACUGUAUCUUUCACGGGACCCGUGCACUUGCAUGGCUGGCUUUGCCAUAGCUUUUCUGGACAGACUGGGUCUGGGCUCUUCUUGAAGGCUAGAGCAAGGCAAUUCAGUUCCAUGCUGGUGCUUGUGGGGCGUGUCACUUCCGCAACAUCGUUCGACCCUACAUAUGCGGCAAUCAUCCAGAACAAGGAUGAAUUGACGAUCCCACUGGAGAUGUCAGUGAUCCCUACGCCCAAGGAGUUCAAGGAUGCUAUUGCUUCACUCUCCCCAGAACAACAACAGUUUGCUAAAGCCUUCCGUGCCAUGCAGCUAGAGAGCACACUCUUCGGAGUUUUGGUGGUUCAGAUCAAGCCACAGCUGGAGAAACUACUGAAUUUGCCAGAUGAUAGCCUCACCAAGGAGAUCAAGCUCACGCAGGAUUUGAUGGAGCUAUUCUUGAAGUAUCAGAUCCCGAGCGAUUUGCUCUCCUUCAGCGAAGAGGAGGGUGUCUCUGAGACAGUGACCGCAGCUCCUGCAAGACUAGGCGCUGUGCGGGGUCAUGUCAAAGCCAUGUUUGAUAUGAUCAACCAGGAGAAGCAGGAAGAGCUCGAAGAGAGUCGGAAGCAGGCACAAUAUUCAGCGCCAUUGGUUGACCUUAAUGACUUGCUCGGUGGCAGCCGCAGCGGGAGUUCAGACUCACAGCCUAAUGGUUUGGAAAUUCCUGAGAUGGAGAUGGACAUGUGUUGCGAGGUCGGGUCUUUCGGUGGGAGUGCAACUGAGUCGCGAGACUACACACAGGUGCCACAAGAGAUGGAUGCCCAAUUUGAAAAGCUUGAUCCAGACAGCUCUUUGCGGCCAACCAUCAUCAAUAUUGGAAACACGUGGAAAAAGCGCUCGCAGAAGGCACUGUUGGCUGAGCCUACAGAAGCGCAACUGACUAGUGACCACCAAAAGCAGGAGAAGGAUGCAGCCUUUGACCUGCUGGAUGCCAUCACAAAGUCCGGAGCUCUUCCUUUGAGCCAUGCCACACUGCAUAUUGUCAUUGCAGCUACUCAUUGCUUUGACAAGACCGUCUUGGAGACCGUGGUGCAGGAGAAUGUCAACCCAAUUGAGAAAGUGGAACGCUCUACUCUGAUUAUGGCUUCAACGGUUCACCAGCAACCGGCCGCAUCACUUAUUAAUCAGUCCAGCUUUCCGAGAGUCACCGCAGCUUCACCACAACUGUUCGUGAAAGAUGGAGAUUGA